AUGGACCCUCGACAGCCGCGUGCAGGAGGUGCUGGUGGCGGGGGUUGGCCCGGUCAGCGAAAUGAAGCUGAACGACUUCUUCGCGAGCACGUUGGCCGCGCGAAGUGCGUGGACGAAGGCAGGAAUGUUUCCAUGGAGGUGUUUGCCCGUGGGCCGCGCAGGUACGUGAAGGACAAGCAGCUUCUUGGGGAGAUUGCCAAUGCGCCGAGGUAUCGGCGUUUCCUUUUUGCGCGCAAGCUGGCGGAGAAGGGGGUGGUGACUCUCCGCGACUGGAGGGAGGUUGGGGUGGGGCUCCCCGCGCCUCGUUUUCGCACGGAGACGACUCGACGCGGCCCUGGCGGCGGCGGAGGGGGAAGCGGGAAGGAAGGAAGCAGACGAAAGGGCAAGGCGGGAGGAGGAAAAGACAAGCCGAACGCUACCGGAAGGCCUCUACGGCUCUGUGCUUAA